CGACUUGAAGAGUAAGAACGUGCUGCUGAGGAGCGACCUGUCGGCCGUCGUCGCCGACUUUGGCUUGGCGCUCAAACUCCAGCCGGAUUGCCCACCCGGUUGCACCCCGCCGCAGGUCGGCACUCUCCGCUACAUGGCCCCCGAGCUGCUGGAGGGCGCCAUCUGCUUGCAGUCCGACGCCUUCCUUCACAUCGACGUCUACGCGCUGGGCCUGGUGCUGUGGGAGAUCGCCACGCGCUGCAUGUCCAGUGGCGGCAUGCUGGGUGAGCACCGCGCUCCCUUGGUGGACGAGGUGGGUGAGCGCCCCACGCUGGAUGAGCUCCGGCACUUCGUGGUGGACGGCAAUGGCCGCCCAGCGAUCCGGGAGGCCUGGCUCAAGCACCCGGGACUGUCCCAGCUGUGUGUCACCAUGGAGGAGUGCUGGGACCAGGAUGCGGAGGCUCGCCUCUCGGCGCACUGUGUGGAGGAGCGUCUGGCGCAGCUGCGGACCGACCCGGGGCUGCCUGCUGGCAGCGGUGGUGGUGGUGGUGGCAGCGGUGGCACCACAGCCGCCCCACCGGUGCGUCAGCCCCUGGCCCCGCCCACCUUCCAGAGAGUUCCAGAGGGGGCUCCGGGGGAUCCCAGGACAGCCUGCAGCCCCCUCCUGCCUUGGGGCUGGGGAAUGUGGCUGACUGCCCCAGUUGGACCCUGA